AUGAAGGCCGCUUUCCUGCUUCGUGUGCUUUCGGCCACGUCGCUCCUCGUCAAUGCGAACGCGAAUUCGAUCGAUCACCAGCAGCGGGAAGAUUCACUCGAAGAUUUCAUCAAAGCUCAGCAAACCAUUUCGCUGAAUGGGAUGCUGAAGAACAUCAAAGAUGGCAUCGUGGUUUCUAUUCUCAUUGAACGUCUAUCCGUGACCGACAUCCCAGAAAUUUCAGACGACAUUACCGACUAUGUGCACUCUCAGCGAGACCUGCAGUUUACUCGGAAUCCCUCUGGGGAUGACAAUACGGGGGGUCCUGGAGAGCCCAAGUUCCAAUUCAACGGCAAUGUUUUCAAGGGCGCUUGGAACCGACCCCAACAAGAUGGUCCCGCACUUCGUGCUACGGCUAUGGUUAUCCACGCCAAUAAUCUCCUCGCGGAUGCACAGGGGACUGUAUGGGCCUCGUCUGUACGGACGUUCGUUCAGAAUUUCAUCUGGCCGAUUGUAUUUGAUGACCUCAAACACACGGAGCGCUACUGGAACCAGACCAGCUUCGACUUGUGGGAAGAAGUAAAGGGCUCUUCUUUCUUUACCCUCUCAGCAUCUCAUCGCGCACUCGUCGAGGGAAUGGCACUCGGCAAGACCUUGGGUAAAUACUGCGAGGGUUGCGCCGUCACGGCUCCACAGAUUCUGUGCUUCCUCCAGGACUUCUGGAACGGUAAACACAUCACCGCCAAUCUCAACGCUGCGCACGGACGAAGUGGAAUAGACACAAGUUCCAUCCUUUCCUCGAUUCAUACGUAUGAUCCUCAGGCUGGAUGCGUUGACAGCACCUUUCAACCUUGCUCUUCAAGAGCUCUUGCCAAUCACAAGGUCGUGACCGAUUCCUUUCGCCCUUUAUACGGUAUCAACGACGGAUCUUCCCAGAACCGGGCAGUAGGCGUGGGCCGAUACCCCGAAGAUGCUGAUCACGGCGGUAACCCGUGGUAUGUGACCACACUUGCGGCCGCGGAGCAGCUCUAUCUUGCAAGACUACAGUGGCAGGACCAAAAACAACUGACGAUCGAUGAAACCUCUCUACCUUUCUUCCGCGACCUACUACCAACCAUAUCUAUUGGCACCUAUCCCAGUCGUUCCGCUUCGGCCACUUUCGAAUCAGUGUUAUCCGCUGUGCAAGCCUACGCUGACGGCUACAUGGCCAUGGUGAGGAAGUAUACGCCUCCGGAUGGCGGUCUCGCGUUACAAUUCGACAAGAACAACGGCGCGCCCGUAUCUGCAACCGACUUCACAUGGUCGCACGCUGCCUUCUACACGGCUGCGAACCGGCGUGGCGGUGUCAGGGGUCCUAGCUGGGGCAGCACGCGUAAUGACAAGCCUGAAGCUCAGACAUGUCAGUGUAACGUUCACGUUACUUUUAACGUCUUCGUAAACCAUCCGUCUACGGACAAUCACGUGUUCGUCACUGGCAAUGUCCCAACGCUUGGGAACUGGGACCCAAAAUCCGCGAGAGAAGUGCGUGAAGUAAGGGCCCACUGGAUCGUGGAAAAUGCUUCAUACACAGGAGGCAUUGACCUACCAGCUUCUGCCCGUACAGAAUAUCAGUACUUCAUGCGUAACAUCCUCAAUUGGGACGAGGUUCGCGAAGAGGAUCGCUUCAGGAGACACAUCACGACGGGUGCUUGUGGAACAAGCAUGAACGUGAGUGAUUUUUGGAAUCACUGA